AUGUUUGUUCGACCAUCCGUCAACAAAGGUGCAGGGGCGAGCCAGCGAAAAAUGAAGCACUGUACAGUGCCACUCUGGGCAGCGAUAGUGCUUUGCAUUUCCGAAACACUGGCAGCGAUCGAUGGUAUGGGUGCGAAUGAUUUAUACACCCAGGCCAACGCAAACGCGACUCACACGACGCUCCCCUGCCCACCGGAAAGUUCCUGUGUGCGUUUGUUGCAAUGUCCGGAAGUCGAUCGAAUGUCCAUCGUCCGGUACCUAUCGCGUCCACCGCACCUUCGCCCACCAACCGAACGUCGCUGGGAACGUUCGGUUUGGCGUCGAUGCACGCUACUGAAUGGAGAAUUUAAUGGCAUUUGCUGUCCGUCGACUCCGCUUGUUGAAAGCGUGACCAAUGAAACAUCCUUACUGUCGAAAAUGUCACACCACGCGCACGAGCAACUUUUGCGAGAUGCUGAAAAAAUUGCAUCACAAGAGAUGCAAAAAUUCUUCACCGAUGGCAACGUGCUCGAAGACGUGUCUCCGGACGUAAACUUUCACGGUGGAGUGCCCUUGCCGGACGAUGUCCUCUCACCGGAGCUGGUACGGGAUGGGCUGCAGGAGGUGCUGACAUGGCAGGCCCUUCAACGGAUCUCCAAUGGUACCGCGGUAGCAGGGGAAGUUGAACGUCCGAAGCGCUGCCUGGUGGGGCCUCCGUGCGAAAAGGGCCACUCCCGCUACCGGCGCUUUGACGGACGUUGCAAUAACGUCGAACCGGGCGGAAGUCUUUGGGGUUCGGCAGGGUAUCCGAUGGAGCGUUUACUUCCACCGGCGUACGGUGAUGGCAUCUGGGCGCCACGCAUUGUCUCCUACACCGGUCGUUACCUACCGUCGGCUCGCAAAUUAUCUUCCACGCUGUUUGCCGAUCUGCAUCAUCCACACGCGACCCGAAACGUACUGUUCAUGCAGUUUGGACAGUUCCUGGCGCACGAUUUCUCGCGCAAUAAAGCGAUCGAAGCAAAGGCGAAGUGCUGCACGGAGGAUGGAUCUGGACGGGUGAAGAAUGCACCACCCGGAUGCAUGCCAAUUCCGGUGUCCAGCGGGGACGAUUUCUAUUCUCAGCACGGUGUGCGCUGUAUGCACUUCAUGCGUACGGCCGUGGCCCCGAUGCGGGACUGUGACGCCGUAGGUCAUGGUAGGCAGUUGUCCGGAGUAAGUCACUUCAUCGAUGGCUCGGCUAUAUAUGGCACGAGCAACAAGCAGGCCCACGAGCUUCGGGCUCACGAAGGUGGACGUUUGAAGUCACUGUACCAUAGACGUUUUCACAACGAGCUGCCACCGCCCGAUCGCUCAAAGGAGACAUGUGAUCCGGGAGCAGAAAUGUGCUUUCUAACAGGAGAUGGCCGUUCAAAUCAACUGAUCUCGCUCGUUGCUGUCCACACACUGUUCCUGCGCGAACACAACCGACUGGCACGACUUCUCCAGAAACUGAAUCCACACUGGAGCGAUGGUACAUUGUUCCAGGAGUGUCGUCGCAUAGUCAUCGCCCAGCUGCAGCAUAUUGCUUUUGGCGAAUAUCUGCCCAAAGUUAUCGGACCUCGGUAUACAUCUCUGUAUCGCUUGCAUUUGGCCGACCAUGGAACAUACAGCGAGUUCUACAACCCCCACACGAAUCCUUCCGUAUCGAGCGAGUUUACUGUGGCAGCAUUCCGGUUCGGUCACUCUACUGUACCUUCGAAGCUGGAACUACAUGACGGAUCGGUCGACACGUGGCGCACCUUCCUCAAUCCAACGCGAUUCCGCGAGCGACACUUCUACGAUGAUCUUCUUGAGGCACUGCAGCACCAAUCGAUGCAGUCCGUGGAUGAGCUGUUUUCCACCAGUUUGACACACUUCCUGAACGUGAAACCGGGCAAACAGUACGGCGUCGAUCUGGCCGCCAUCAACAUUCAGCGAGGCCGGGAUCAUGCCGUCCGGCCCUACAAUGACUAUCGGCGGCUGGGAGGCAAAGUGGAUACCCGUUCGUUCGACGACUUUGGAACCGAGGCGGGCCACAAGCUGCGCUCGCUCUACUCCCACCCGGACGAUGUGGAUCUGUACGUGGGCGGUGUGCUAGAGCCACCGGUUGAGGGUGGUGUGGUUGGGGACACGUUUGCCGAGCUGAUUGCGGAUCAGUUCUCAAAGUUCCAGCGUGGUGAUCGGUACUUUUACAGCAACGGUCCGGACACCAAUCCGGGCCACUUUACGCUACCGCAGCUGAAGGAAAUUCAGCGCGUGACCAUGGCUUCGUUGGUGUGUGCCAACGCCGGCGAUCCUCAUCGGAUGCACGUGUUGCCGGAUGCGUUCGGCCUACCGCACGAUGGUAAUCGGGCCGUGGAUUGUACAGCUCACGACAUUCCCAGGCUGGAUCUGAGCUGGUGGAGGGAUUAG